GGAUUUUAUUUUGAAAUUUGUUUUGCUUUCUUUUCUCUCUCUUUACACCAAAGAUCAAACAAAACCCACUGAAGGGGAAGCUAGUCAUGAUGAAACCCCCCUCAGUUUCCAGCACUCCUAAAAAGCAUUUCUUAACCAUCAAAACCUUCCUUCCCUUAAAUUUGCCUCUCCAUUUAUCUGCCAUUUCCACCAUAACCCCAUAAGAGCAUAACCAUGAAACAACACUCCCUUCCUCUCUUUCUUAUUACAUUUUUCUUCUUCUUAACAAGAAUUUCACUUGUUUUCUCCAUUACUAGUUCAAAUCUUCCUCUACAACUCAUUUCUCUUUUGACAUUAAAGUCCUCUUUCCAUGAUCAACAGAACACCUUCAAUGACUGGGAUCCCACUCUUGCCUUCUCUAGACCAGGUUCUCACAUUUGGUGCUCAUGGUCUGGCAUCAAAUGUGACAAGAAAACUAACCAAAUCACCUCACUUGAUCUUUCAAGGCGCAAUCUUUCUGGUACAAUUCCAUCAGAUAUCAUAAACCUUGUACACCUUCACCACCUGAAUUUGAGUGGAAAUGCUUUUGACGGUCCUCUCCAAACAGUCAUUUUUGAAUUCCCUUUCCUCAAGACUCUUGAUAUUAGUCACAACAACUUUAAUUCAACGUUUCCCUCUGGUGUAUCAAGACUCAAGUCUUUAACACACCUAAAUGCUUAUAGUAACAAUUUUACCGGCCCUUUGCCGGAAGAAGUUGUUCAGCUCCCCAAUCUUGAGUACCUUAACUUUGGUGGAAGCUAUUUCAUAGGUGAAAUUCCGAAAAGUUAUGGUGGCUUAACAAAGCUGAAGUUUUUGCACUUGUCUGGAAAUUGUUUGACUGGUCCUGUUUUGCCUGAGUUGGGUUUCUUGAAACAACUUGAACAUAUGGAGAUUGGUUACCAGAACUUCACUGGUUUUGUCCCUGAUGAAUUUUCUUUUUUGUCAAAUUUAAACUAUCUUGAUAUCUCCCAAGCAAGCCUUUCUGGUAAUCUUCCUGUUGGGCUAGGCAACUUGACAAAGCUUGAAACUCUGCUUCUAUUCAAGAACCACUUGUUUGGUCCAAUUCCGCUGUCUUUUGCCAAAUUGACAUCGCUGAAAUCAUUGGACUUAUCGGACAACAAUCUUUCUGGAACAAUCCCGGAAGGAAUUUCAGGAUUGAAGGAGCUUACCCUCUUGCAUUUGAUGAACAAUAAGUUAACAGGUGAAAUCCCACAAGGCAUUGGUGAGCUUCCUAAUCUUGAAUUAUUGUCUCUAUGGAAUAACUCACUCACUGGGAUUUUACCGCAGAAGUUGGGUUCAAAUGCAAAGCUGCAACAACUUGAUGUUUCUUCAAACAAUCUCUCAGGUCCCAUUCCACCAAAUCUCUGUCUAAGCGAAAACUUAGUUAAACUCAUCAUGUUCUCAAACCAGUUUAUUGGUGAGCUCCCUUCUUCCUUAGCAAAUUGCACUGCAUUGGUCCGGUGUAGAAUUCAAAACAACAGACUCAACGGUUCAAUACCAUUAGGCUUUGGUUUUUUGCCGAAUUUAUCCUACUUGGACUUGAGUAAAAAUAAUUUCUCUGGUCCAAUUCCAAGUGAUUUUGGGAAUUCCGUUAAAGUGGAUUAUUUGAACAUAUCGGAGAAUUCAUUCAACAGUGAGUUGCCAGAUAAUAUCUGGAGUUCGCUAACUCUGCAAAUCUUUUCAGCCAGUUAUAGUGGCCUUGUCGGGAAUAUCCCAAACUUCAAAGGGUGUCGAGCUUUCUACACCAUCGAGCUGGAAGGAAACAAUCUUACAGGAAGCAUUCCAUGGGAUAUUGAGCAUUGUGAGAAGCUCGUUUGCAUGAAUUUUCGACGAAAUUUGCUCACGGGUAUCAUUCCGUGGGAAAUAUCUGCAAUUCCUUCAAUAUCAGAGGUUGAUUUGUCUCACAAUUUUCUCACUGGAACCAUUCCUUCACAUUUUGCCAAUUCCAGUACAUUAGAAAGCUUCAAUGUAUCCUACAAUCAGCUCACUGGUCCAGUGCCUUCUUCAGGCUCAAUUUUCUCCAGCCUACAUUCUUCCAACUUCAUCGGCAACGAAGGCCUAUGUGGUACUGUACUUCAAAAGCCUUGCAGGACCGACGGACUCGAAGCAGGAGCAAUGGAAGUUAAGCCACAGCCCAAAAAGACAGCCGGCGCAAUUGUCUGGAUUAUGGCAGCAGCAUUCGGUAUCGGGUUGUUCGUACUUAUCGCUGGCAGCCGAUGUUUCCAGGCAAAUUACAGUCGUCGAUUUUCAGCUGACAGAGAAGUUGGCCCGUGGAAAUUAACCGCAUUUCAGAGAUUGAACUUCACGGCGCAUGAUGUACUGGAGUGCUUGACAAUGACAGACAAGAUCCUCGGAAUGGGUUCAACAGGGACAGUGUACAAGGCCGAAAUGCCUGGUGGUGAAACCAUAGCGGUGAAAAAGCUAUGGGGAAAACACAAGGAGGCAAUCAGGCAAAGGCGAGGCGUCUUAGCUGAGGUUGAUGUGUUAGGCAACGUGAGGCACAGGAACAUCGUGAGAUUGUUAGGCUGUUGCAACAACAAUGAGUGCACGAUGUUGCUGUAUGAGUACAUGCCCAAUGGUAGUCUAGACGAUUUGUUGCAUGGUAAGAACAAGGAUGCUAAUUUGGUGGCUGAUUGGCUUACUAGGUACAAAAUUGCACUUGGGGUGGCUCAUGGAAUUUGCUAUCUUCAUCAUGAUUGUGAUCCUGUUAUUGUUCAUCGUGAUCUUAAGCCUAGUAAUAUUCUUCUAGACGGUGAAUUGGAGGCUAGAGUGGCUGAUUUUGGUGUUGCCAAGUUGAUUCAGUGUGACGAAUCUAUGUCGGUGAUUGCUGGAUCUUAUGGCUACAUUGCACCUGAAUAUGCAUACACAUUGCAAGUUGACGAGAAGAGUGACAUUUACAGCUACGGAGUUGUGUUAAUGGAGAUUUUAUCAGGGAAAAGAUCGGUGGAACCAGAAUUUGGCGAUGGAAAUAGCAUUGUGGAUUGGGUUAAGUCCAAGAUCAAGAUUAAAAAUGGCAUAAAUGAUGUGUUGGAUAAAAGUGCUGGCGCUUCAUGUAUUUCGGUGAAGGAGGAAAUGAUGUUGUUGCUGAGGGUCGCAUUGCUCUGCACUAGCCGGAACCCGGCAGACAGGCCGUCGAUGAGGGAUGUUAUAUCUAUGUUGCAAGAGGCUAAGCCCAAGAGGAAGUUGCCUGGUACAGUGGGUGCGGGUGAGAAUGCAAUUGCUGCAAUUCCUUUGGCUCAAAAGGCAUCCGUGGAGUGUUGAUAUAAUAGGAGAUAUGGGUUUGUUUUGGUUUUCUAGUUAAUGAAUAGUGGGGGAGAUUGGUAUAGGAGAAGUUAAUAGUUAUCUUUGUUAAUUUUUUGCCUAAUAGGAAAUUCCCGAGUGUUGUCAUUCCAAUGUUCUGAGACAUUAGAUUGAAACUAUGAAAUGGGCUUCUUUUCAAAGGGUGCAUUUGUGUUUUUAAAGAUUCAUGCGUCUGAAUCCGAAUGCACGGCUGAAUGAUUAAGAUGUUGUCUCAAGAUCUGAAAAUUGAAUGAUAAGAUUGUUUGUUUUUCAA